AUGUGCCAUCCCGACAUCGCAGCCAAUGGCUGGACUGCCGUCCCUGUUGACGCAGGCGCAAUUUUCACCAAGCAGCCCUUGGUCGAGGACGCAAAGGCUGUCUCACUAGAAGAGCUCCGAUUCCCAGCUGAAGACCUGGUCGUCAGCAAAACAGUCGAGUACGCCAAAGCCGUGCUUGACCCUGAGACCUUCAACCACUCUAUGAGGGUCUACUACUUUGGAAUGGCCAUAGCGAAGCAGCAAUUUCCCUCUCAAUCCGCUGACCUGAACCCGGCAACCUGGGCACUUACCUGCUUGCUGCACGACAUUGGCACAGCCAAAGAGAACCUCACCGCGACGCGCAUGUCAUUUGAUCUCUACGGCGGCAUCAAGGCGCUGCAGGUUCUCAAAGACCACGGCGCAGCCAUCGACCAGGCCGAAGCAGCCGCUGAGGCGAUCAUCCGGCACCAGGACAUGGGCGUUGACGGGACGAUUACGUUCCUGGGCCAGCUGAUCCAGCUGGCCACGCUGUAUGACAAUGUUGGCGCUCACCCGCGGGUGAAGGGGUACGAGAAGCUGAUCCACCCGACGUUCCGGCGCGAGGUUAAUGAGGCGCAUCCAAGAAUAGGAUGGUGUGGGUUCUUUUCAGGCAUUAUUCGGAAGGAGGAGGAGAUCAAGCCAUGGUGCCAUUCGACGCAUAUUGUUGAUUUUGAUAAGCAGAUUGAGGGAAAUGCACUCAUGAAGCAAUGGGAGUAG